AUGAAACUCGCCGCUCCCCUUCUUGCUGGUUUAGCUUCGGCUGACGUCUGUGGAGACUGUGACGCCAACAUCGCCGAGUUCAACGCGUGGCACGCUCAGUCGAACAUCAUCUGCUCCCGCUACACUCACCCACGUGACUACGCUCAGUUCGCCGACCCACGGGCAGCUGCUUGCAAGGACUGCAAGGUGCAGUGUGUGCCCGACAACGCCACUUGCCCGGGAACAGACGACCUCGAGGCCGGCUUCUGGAACAAGACCGCGCUCAAGCUCAAGGAGCAGUACGUCAACCGAGCCGAGAUCCAAGCUGCCAAGAAAGCGGCCGAGAAGGAAGCCGCCGCCCUCGCUCGCAACUUGACCAAAGAAAAGAACAAGUACGACAAGAUCGUCAACAAGCUCGCCGAGAAGAAAGCCAAGAGCGAGAACAAGGCAUGGAAAGAGUCCGACUGGGAAUCGUGGAGAGAGAACCGACGACAGGAAAACGAAGCCAAACGAGCCCAGCGAAAACAGGAGAAGAAAGACGCCAAGGCAGCCGCAAAGGCUCUCAAGGAACUCAGAAAGCAACAACGACUCGAGAAGCGAGCUCUUGCUGAUAAGAACAAGGUGCUCUUUGCCUUCUACGCCGAGCUUGAGGAGCACUACGACGUCCUCUGCCCAGAAAUGCACCUCAUCCAGGACAAUCAGAACAUGGCCCGAAAGUUCAACAUCUGGAAGCAAGCUCAACAAUAA